CAGCAUUGCGUCUGCAGACCAUGACGGAGAGUAACGAUACCUACCCGCAAGGUUCCCGGACACGGGGCUGGCCUGUCGCGGCCGGUGACUGCCGCCGGAUUGUUCACCUUUGGGGUCCGGUGUGCCAAUCGGAGAAGGGGAACCCCCAGUGGUCGGACUGACGCCGGUGGAAGUGCUUAUGGUGCUGGUACUGGCACCACCGGUAAUGUCCGAAGUACCGCUAUCGUCGGUUCUGACACCACUUGCAAUGACACUCUCACUGUUGGCGAAUUCGGCCCAAAGGUUGAUUUUGUUGACCACGACGCCCGGCGCAUUCCAUGUAAAUGUUUUCGAGUUUAACUGUCCGAGGCGGAAGAUGGCCAGACGUGUAUUCCCAUCAAAAUCGCCUUCGAACCCGGAUAUGAAGGUGACAUUAUCUCCUCCUCCUCCUUUGGCGGUCCCCAGCAGCAGCGCAGUCGCCGUCAACCAACAUCUCCCUGCCAAUAUCCGCAUUGCAGUCGGUUGGCAGCUAGAUUCGAACCCUAAUCAUCGCACGGUCGAGUGAACCCUUGUAUGUCUGUCGCUCGGCCCAAGCAAGUCCGUGGGCUUCCUGGAUACAAAGUCGCCGCCGUCAAUUAAUGUAAACCUGUGAUCGAAAAUGACAGACGGAAGAAAGUGUAUAAGUCGGGGUGCGAAGAGACAAGGCUCCUGUGUCA